AUGGCUACAAAAUGGGGUGAGCAUGGCAUUGGAGAAGAUCCGGUGAAAGCCUCCAACUACCCUGGUAAAAAGCUCUGUGAGCGGCUGUCCCGAAGAGAAGGUCAUUGGUCGGGUAAGGGACAGGUAAACAUCGAGUUUCGGCAAAAUGAUGUUGUGCCUCUGGAAGAUGACCAGCAGCUCGAAUAUAAGGGAUCAUAUGGGCGCGUGUGUCGGAGUAUUUUGACGGUGGACGAAGAAAGAAUCGUCGUGGCCCGGAAGACGAUGCGACUUUCCGACAUUCCAGCAAAAAAGAUUCGUGAUGAAGUGAAGAUUCUUGAGGAUUUAAAACAUCGCCACCUGGUUACCUUUAUCGGAUCGUUUACCUCCAGGGGCUUUGCCAGCAUCCUUAUGUAUCCGUUUGCGACAUGCGACCUGGAGAGGCUACUCCAGGGACUGGACGAAGCCCAGUAUCACGAACAAAAGAGCCCGGUGAGCACCCUGCUUUCUGAGCUCGGAUGGAUCCAAACCGGCCCCAAGGCAGCCCCAUGGAAGCCAAGUGAUAUUUUCCCCCAUCUGCAACGCAUCUGCGGCUGUGUAUGCAGCGCCCUCCUCUACCUACACCAGCGCCGGAUCCGCCACAAGGACAUCAAACCAUCGAAUGUGCUGGUGAGCAAGGACGGGGUCUACAUCACCGAUUUCAACAUCUCCAAGGCGUUCAAGAGCGACCUGUCAUCUCACACGGUGGGCCCUUACGCAGGAACGAUGAGAUAUAGUGCUCCGGAGUGUGUGUAUGAAACGGGUCGUUCCUACCCGUCUGAUGUGUAUUCCCUCGGUCUCGUUUUCAUGGAGAUAUAUACCUAUAUUCUGGGCAGGCCUAGAUCGGAUAUGAAUGACUACACCAAGUCCGAUCUGUCGCUCUCAAAAGACUCGCAAAUCCGACACGCUGCCUUACGAAUUCUUUGGGUGAGGGUCAUUUUUGAUGGGGCAGGGAGAGGUGGCUUUGGCACAAACGCUGGCAUGCAAGAGCUGAUACUGAGAAUGAUAAGCGAGAAUCAGGACGCACGACCUGAGGCUUUUGAGGUCAUGUCUGAGCUGUGGGCUCAUAGCCCAUCGGGAGAUUUUUUCUGCAAUGAAUGUAGGAAACAUAAAGGCUGUGUCGGCUAUAAGGGCCUAAGGAAGCGAUACUCAGAGCUCUACAAGAAGUAUGACGACACCAUAAAAGAGAAAAAUGACUUAGAGAAGAAGUUGGAGCAAGCACGGGAGGAGCUAAACGCGAGCCGAGCAAGCAACGGUCCUCUGUCACCAUCAAGCGAGGUGGGCCCGACGAAAUCACCUCAGCUCACAUCUCGGUCACUAUCCCAGGUGUCGGUUAUUCGCAGUCCUAGGACAGGACCGCCUGUGAUACGCAAUAAGAGUGGACAACGAUUAGACCUUGACAGUUUAAGCUAUUCGCGUAUUGUGGACAAAAGGAACAGUGACCUCAUCGAUACACUGAAUAAGGUGCAAGGACUGAAGCUGAGGAGCUUGAGGCCUUGCGGUAUCUCACACGCGGCCAAGCUCCUUGCAAGAAUGGAAAUGGUUGUACGUAUCCGAAAUGAUCUUCAUGGCUGUCCCUUUGCGGACGAUAUGCAUAUAAGAGAUACGAUCCCAGUACUCUCGGAUCCGUUAGAUUGA